AUGGGUUAUAGAGUCUUUCAUACCGUGAAGGACGGUGGUGACCAGGCGGGAGAACGAACUCUAGGCGGUCAACUGCCGAUGGAUGUUCAUUUCAUCAAUGUCGACAGGCCCGGCCGUGUCCCCAACUGGCAGCUCAGUCAGAUCACGGCACACGCGAUGCGUAGGAACCAUGAACGGCGUCGUGGCCUUGAAGUCCUUACGGCAAGAGUACAACCUAUCCCAAGGGUGGACCGCAGUCUCGGUGAUAGGAAUCAUCUGCCUGAACAACCUAACGUCCCCAACGAAGCUCUGGACGUUCGAUCCCAAUGGCCCCUGCUGAAGCAUGCCACGGCAGCCAAUGCGAACACCAAAGUACCGCCUACUCGUACUCCUGGGGACCAGAGGGCCCACUCCAGCUCGCUAUCUUCCCCAUCGGUGUGCCUAAGCACACAUGGAUCUUCCCCAGAGAUGUUCUCAGUCGACGCGCACGCGGACCCCUGUCGCUGCCCGGAAUGUCGAGCCGAAUCAUUAAUAGCUCUUGCAGCGUUCUCUACCGACAACGUUUUUGGUGGCCUGCGAACCGACCCAUUCCUCCGAUACCCUAUUGCAUUUCAGGACUAUUUUCCGGCUGUAAUCGACCAUUGUAGGGAGAUCAUAGCACCGAGUCCUGCCUAUUUCGAGCUCUUUAUGACGCACGAUGUCUUAUUUGAGGCCCUCAUCACUUGGAUAUUGUGUACCUACUUGCUUCACACCCCCGAGCUGAAAAAGGCCAUGCUCUACCAUUAUGGGGGUUCUCUGUCGAAGAUUAGGGAACUGCUCCUCUUCCCCGGUUCCACUCGAAAGGCUGUCAUGGCAGCCAUUGCUAAUUUGGCUGGGGUCUGCGCUUACUUUGAAGAUGAUGCAUCAUUCACCAUGCAUCGCAACGCACUACAUUAUCUGGGUCGCUUCAAGGACGAUGAGGACAUGCGCAAGCGUGAUAUCCGUGCGUCGACCAAACGUCCUUCUAGCUUUCCCAGCCACGAUGCUUUGUCAUACGCUCAACCCAGGAUGAAGGGACAAGCAAGCGGCCCCUUGGGCUGCUCCUCUUUUCUGACCGCAGGACUGUCCACUCCCAACGAGCCGAUAUACCCAAGUCUCCCAUUCUCCGCCGAGGUGUCAGCGCGCCUUUCCCGGGUCUGUGAAGGGUUCAGAGAGCUGGCCUUGCGCAGGAUUCUUUCGAUCCAGGUCAUCGAACGGCUAGCCAUGGAAAGAGGCCAAAUCGUUCGCCUCGCCUCACGAGCGACAAGAGACCGUGAACAGUCUCGAGUGCUCAGAGAACGGUUGACACCAAUCGAGCGCCUGCUCUGGCUGGGCUUCUCGGUGUUUCACUUAUACACGGCCUCGUUCCAACUGGACCGCGAGGAAAUGGCAGAAACUUUCCUCGAGUGCUCCCGAAAGAUGGUCCGUGGUUCUCAACUGGAAAAUGAUUGUCUUCUAUGGGGUGGGUGCGUGGUCACAGCGACCAAAGAAAUCGAAGGGUGUUCGCUUCCACAGGGCGAAGCCGUGACGAGAACGCUUCUCUCGAGGUUCAAAAUGAGCAUCGACGAAAUGAACGAUGUGGCGCAGAGAUUUCUCUGGAACGAGUCCAUGAGCUCUUGCCUGACAGCAGCCUUGCGUCACCGCUUCAUUGUUGCGUCAAAGAUCGAAGAAACCGCCGAGUGGCGUACAUGGCUUUGA